GCAGGGCCAGCCCCAGGCUGGGACUUCACGGCCCCCACAGCCUCGUCUGCCAGCCCUGCUCGCCCGGGCACGGGCCCAGCCGCCAUGCCACCCAGGAAGGAUCUGCCCGUCAAGAAGCCAGUAGCCGCACCAGCCAAACCGGCCGUAGCCAAGCCAGCCGUAGCCAAGCCGGCGGCUGCUGCAGCUAAGCCCAAAGCCCCAGAACCGGCCCCGGCCCCGGCCCCGGCCCCGGAGAAACCCAAGGAGCCACCGAUUGACCUCUCUAAAGUGGUGAUUGAGUUUAGCAAGGACCAGCUGGAGGAUUACAAGGAGGCUUUCCAGCUCUUUGACCGGGUCGGGGACGGCAAGAUUCAGCUGAGCCAGUGCGGGGAUGUGCUGCGGGCCCUGGGCCAGAACCCCACCAACGCUGAGGUCAUGAAGGUCCUGGGCCACCCCAAGCCCGAUGAGCUGAACUCCAGGCGGGUGGAGUUCGAGCAGUUCCUGCCCAUGCUGCAGACCAUCGCCAAGAACAAGGACCAGGGGACCUACGAGGACUACGUGGAGGGACUGCGGGUCUUCGACAAGGAGGGGAACGGCACCGUCAUGGGGGCCGAGCUGCGCCACGUGCUCUCCACGCUGGGUGAAAAGCUGACGGAGGAGGAGGUGGACGCCCUCCUGUCCGGGCACGAGGACGCCAACGGCUGCAUCAACUACGAAGCCUUCGUCAAGCACAUCCUGUCUGGCUGAGCAGGUGCUGUGAGGCUGGGCAGGAUGGGCUUAAGCAACUGAUGCCUCCUCAUCCCAUUGCUCUGCAGGGGGGGUAUGUUCCCUGCCCCCUUUGUCUGUCUCUCUAACCCGCCCCCCCCCCCCGCACCCAAUGGCUGCUGCGAAGGACUUCUACCACUGCCCAAGGAGAACCCAAGACCUCAGGACUCCAGCGGCUGAGGAUCCAGCGAGGGGGGAUGCAGGCUCCCCCUGAGAGCAGCGGCCCAGCCUGGGGGUGCCCACCAUGCCAAGCCGCGGUCCCGAUCCUGGGUGGGAAGGGACCCGAUCCUCCUUGCGCCCGUCCUGCGUUUGGACAAUAAAAGCCGUUUGUUUGCAGAA